AGUAGAAUUUGAAUUUACAAAUGAGACGCCUUUUCGCUUGAAAUGUUCCCAUUGGCUUGUGCUCUUUAUGCUUUUCUCGUUCGCCUCAAGUACAAAAGCAUAAAGCGGGUAAAUGAAGGUAAACAAAAAUCUGCUUCUUCACAAUUGUUGUUGUUUUUGUUUGUGAUCGAAUUGUGUUAUUUUCUAAUAAUUAUGACUAAUGACUCGAAUCAAAGUGAUCUUCAUGUGAAAAGAAGUCGAGUUGAGUAUCAGGAUCUAUGUGAUAUUUUCAGAGUUAAAGUGAAACAGUUUUCGUCUCAAUAUUUCCCAUUCUAUUUGGCCCGAUUGAGGACGAUUAGACCUUUGGUUCUCAAGUCUAUUGAAUCAACUUGGGGCGAUGGGGUUAAGGUCGUUAAAAUGAGCGAGUUGGUCGAUCACGUUGAUCAGAAGGUGAUCAUAACUGGAGUCUUAUUCAAGAAUAUGGCAAAGCAACCAACUAUUUUGAAGGAAAUCGCGUCUGAGGAAAACCAAGACGCUUUACCUUUGACCCAACAAGAUAAUUAUAUCGACGAUGCUGAUUACCUGAUGCUUCAGGACGAAAAUGAAUGUGUUAAACUACAUGGAAAAUUAUCCGUUGAUUCUCAUGUAACUGGUGUUGUAAUUGGACUAAUGGGAUUCGCAAGCGAUGAAGGCAACGAAUUCUCUGUCGAAGAUUAUUGUUACCCUAUGUUACCAGAUCCUUGGUCGAAAUGUCCCAAUUCCAACGAGGAUAAAUACGUUCUUCUUGUUUCUGGGCUUGGUUUCAGUCGUAAUUUGUCUUCCAAAUUGAAAUCUUCUCUUGAUUUAUUGUCCGAUUAUUUGGUUGGUCUAUUGGAUCCUGAAGAAGAUGAUAGAAAGCCCGCUAGAAUAAUUCGUCUUAUUAUUGUUGGUAAUUUGAUUGGAGAAAAUGUUCGUGCUGAGGAAGAGGCCAAAGAUGAGACAUUGAAAAAGCCUUGGUUGAGAAAAUCGAAACCAUUUACUGUGGAAAUCAUGUCAACAAUUGAUGAUUAUCUUGUAGAAUUAGGGAAAAGCAUUGAAAUUGAAAUCAUGCCUGGUUACACUGAUGUUACCAAUUCAUCUCUCCCCCAACAGCCAAUUCAUCCUUCCAUUUUGCCCCGAAGCAGUGUUCUUUCAGCAAUAAGGUCAGUUACCAAUCCUUAUGUUGGUUCAUUUGACUCUCGUCUCUUUAUUGGAAAUUCUGGCCAACCAAUUGACAAUAUUCGCCAAUUCAGUGAUUUAAAAGACUCAGUUGACAUCAUGGAGAAAACUAUUCAUUGGUCUCACAUGGCGCCGACAGCUCCAGAUACACUUCAUGGUUAUUCGGACCCGAAUUAUGAUCCAUUCGUAUUAACUCAUUUACCUGAUGUUUACUUCACUGGAAAUCAAGAGAAAUUUUCUACUAAAGUCAAAAAGAUCAACGAAAAUCACCCAAUUCGCUUUAUUUCUGUUCCUAAAUUUGAAAAAUCAUUUUCUGCCGUUCAAUUGAAUCUCAAAAAUCUCUCCUGUCAACUAAUCACUUUUACUUGAAACAAAAUUCUCUAAUCAAAGAUCUCAAAUUUGUUACUUUUAACUUGAAAAUUUUAAAUUCUUAUUCUCAAUGAAUAUAAACAUUCAAUUUAUCAAAUAAAUUCAUCGGCAUUAAUCAUC